CAACAGCUUUCCCUUAAAACUACACGAAGACUUUUACCACCGUAACUCUACCAGAACCAUUUGAAGGAUGAAUUCCCUCAGGCGCAGAGAAUCGGUUUGCAGGAGUCUGUUUGGCCCGGUGGACCACGACCAACUGCGCCGGGACCUGAAGCUGAAGCUGAAGGAGAUCACUGAGCAGGACAGCCGUCGCUGGAACUUUAAUUUCCAGGCUGAAAUGCCGCUCCCCGGCAGGUUUGAGUGGGAGGAAAUACCCGCAGAGCGCGCUUCUGCUUUCUACCAGGAGUCCGCACAGGUGAAAGACGCCGUCUGUUCUUCAAACACUGAGGAGGAUGAAAGGCUGAUCGACCGGGAGGAAAGCGAAGGGACCGACCAGGAGAACUGCUCCCGCAUCUCCAACACACACAAGUGUCCUGCAGAAGUGACGCCCGUCCGGAGGAAGAGGACGCUCUCCAAACUGGCAGCCAAGCCCAGAGAUAACGCACGAAUUACAGAUUUUUUCGCAAAGAGAAGGAGGACGACAGAAACCAAGAGCAUCCUGAAUCCUUUCCACACAAGUUCCAGUGAAGCAGCUCUGUGCAAAACAAUAAGAUGAACAUGUUACUGAAAAUGGACUAUUUAUAUUUCUACACACAUUUUCAUGGACUGGACUAAGGCCUGUUUACCGCACCAAAGGGAUUGUGUUUUGUUUUGUUUUGUUUUGUUUUGUUUUGUUUUAUCUUAUCUUAUCUUAUCUUAUUUCGUCAGUCUCUGUAUUUGAGCCUGGGAUGAAAUUUUACAAUUUUGUGUUAUUUAAUUUUAUUUAUGGAAACUUUUAUUUAAUGUCUUUUCAUUUUCUUCACAGGUGAAAAUAUGUUUGUUAACUUAUCAAGAUGUUUUUUCCUCAUCGUUUUCAUCAGUAUUAUUAGUUUUGUGACCCUUUAAACGCUGUAUUAAGUUUUGUUUCUGAAUUUUUCAUCUCUUUGUGAACGUCCUUGGUGAAUGAAUGUAUUGUACUGAGCUGUUUCUUUUAUUUAAAAAAGCACUAUUUUUUUUGUCUUAAAUUAAGUGAGAUGCAGCUCAGGAAACCUGUA